AUGAAGAGUUGAGUGAUUUUGCACACCUCGUGACGGGCUACUGACUGUGGGCCUUGGUGUCAUUGGCCUAUAGCUCAAUUAGAUAUAACUCUAAAAGUUACUUUAAGGAAGUCGCUCUGCAUCCACUGCCUUAGUGCUGACUGUUGCCUUGUAGUGUACGGAAUAUAGCAUAUUCUGUGUUGUACCUCCUGUCAUGGAGAAACCGAAGGAUGGAUCAUCUGUUAUGGAUUAUGGCCCUGAUGGCCAUAAUUCCUUAGGGCCAGAUUUUCCUCCGCCGGCUUAUCCAAAACGGAAUACUUCUGCCCUGAAGAUCGCCAGGACAGUGUCUUUUACCUUGAUAAUGAUAACAUUUCUGAUUGGUGUGUUUGUCUUAUUGGGAUGUUACAUACGACUUCAUCAAUCCAAGUGUGAGUGCGAGUUUGAAAAUAUCCCGCAGCAAGUUCCUCUAGAAAGUGUUCAGCAUCAAUCUGAAAUAAAGCGUUAUGAUCCGGAUCCUCUUCUGGCUGUUGACAGUCAACCAAUCCCUUCUAAAAAGAUGACGGCCAUUCCUCUUCGCCUUCAUCUUGAUGGAGACACUGGACGGAUGAUCAAGAAGAAUCAUAAAGCUAGAGUCAACUGUGUUGUAGAGAAAAAGAAAUCUAUGGAGCUCACUGCACAUGAACCAAAGACGGUGAUGACGCCUUUAGGAAAUAUAACAACUGACCCACGUUUGAUACAUGUGCUUGGAGAACGUAUGGUGUUCUCGUGCCACAGUGACAUGCACAAUACACACAAACCAAUGGAUAAUUAUAAAGAAAUCCCGUCCAGAUCACGCAGGGACAUAAAUAACAUGUAUUCUUGUGACUGUUCUUGCUGAGAGUAAAGUUUUAUCCAAUCAAGUCACUUCUCAGCUUCCGGAUCAGUUUUAUAUAGCUUCUAAUUGGCUACACGUUACUUAAAAGUUAAAAGUAUAAGAUUUUUUUUGAAAUAUCAUUAUAUAAAAUAAACAUUUGUAUAUAGUUUUGAUAGAAGUCACAAAUUUUGACUGUAGAAGUUAUUUAGAAUGAAUAUCCUAUAAUCUCUGUCUUUUUAAAUAAAAUCGAAUAAAAUCUAUUUAACACUUC